AUGAUAUAUCCAAAUGAUGUUAUGAACGAAGUCCUUCGCGACUCUUAUGGAUGCACACUCUUUAAGAAUUACCUAAAGGCUAUAUACUGUUCGGAAACACUGCAGUUCUGGCUGGAGAUAGAGCAUUUCAAGUCGAUUGCCCCACCCGUAGAGACAGGCAUCAGUGUCAGCGCAUUCACAUCCAUCCCUCUGGACACAUCAUCGUCGUCGGCCUCGUCGCCACCCGGCUCGCCAUUCAUGGGCGAGUCGGCCGCCUCCACGCCACUGCACCAGUCCGACAAGGACAGGAAGCAGAGUCGUCGCGGUAAAUCUUCAAACAACGAGCACAACAACAACAGCAACACAAGAUAUCUGACACAGGAGGAGGUCAAGCAAUGCGCACAACUCAUCUUUGACAAGUAUCUGGAGAAUGGCAGUGAGUUGGAGCUCAACAUCGACGCCAUCAGUCGUGAGCAAGUACGUCAGCGCAUGGCUGACGACAUUGACUCAUCCAUUUUCGACGAAGUCCAAAAGGUAGUCUACGAGAGUCUCUGGAUGGACUGUUUCCCACCCUUUACACAUACCCAAGCAUAUCAGAAAUACAAACACGAGACUGGAAAGUGUCAACUACCAGAGUUCCUGCGUUUCAAGCGAAGGGCACCAAAGAACGAGUUUGAACUGGUGUCAAUAGCAACAAGAUAA